CUGUCCACACUGCGCUGACUCUGUAUUUUAUUUGUGCCCGUCAUUCUCCGGCAGCGACAAACAUUUAAAACUUUUGCAUUAAACCAGUCCUAAAAUAAAUUACCAUGUUGAACAACUACAACAGCCUGGCGCAGCCUCUGUGGCAAAACGGACCCGCUCCCGGCGAGUUCUACAAGUUUACUGGCGGACAGAUGCCGGUCCAGCAGCUGCCGCGGGAACUGACCACAGUGGGACCCUAUGGAACCAAGCACAGCACUGCUGCCAUCACCACGGGUUCCUCUGUUUUGGGCAUUCGCUACGAUGAAGGCGUGAUGCUCGCCGCCGACACCCUGGUGUCCUACGGAUCCCUGGCCCGCUACCAAAACAUUGAGCGCGUCUUCAAGAUCAACAAGAACAUACUGCUCGGCGGUAGCGGCGACUUCGCUGACAUCCAGUCAAUCAAGCGCAACAUCGACCAGAAGAUGAUCGAGGACCAGUGCUGCGACGACAACAUUGAGAUGAAGCCCAAGUCCUUGGCCAGUUGGAUGACUCGUGUCCUCUACAACCGUCGAUCCCGCAUGAACCCCCUCUACAUUGACGUGGUGGUCGGUGGCGUGGACAACGAGGGAACUCCGUACCUGGCCAACGUGGAUCUUCGUGGACGCUCCCACGAAGACUACGUGGUGGCCACUGGUUUUGCUCGCCAUCUGGCCAUUCCGCUGGUUCGUGAGAAGAAGCCCAAGGAUAGAGACUUUACCGUUGUAGAAGCUGCUGAACUGAUUCGCACAUGCAUGGAGGUGCUAUACUACCGCGAUACUCGUAACAUUUCCCAAUACACUGUGGGCGUAUGCAGCCUCAACGGAUGCGGCGUGGAGGGGCCCUUCCAGGUUAACGAAAACUGGACGUUUGCCGAAACCAUAAAGGGAUACUAGAUUCUGAAUAAACUUAGUUUAUGUCUAGCCCGGCGGUUUUGGAUAAAAACACACUUCUCUAAGUACAUGAUUGAUUAAAAAUAAAUGCGGCUGAAAAUUA